CAACUUACUAAUAUUCGUCGUGUCUUCGUAUCACACUCCCACUGCAACUCUUUUCUAACGCGAAUCGCGAUGUGGUAAAGCCAAAUAGGUCAUCAGUACACGUAAUUUUAUUUUAUAAUCAUGGAAAACACUAAGAAGGCUCUGUCGUCAAUACCGCUCCUGAAGACAAAAGCCGGUCCCCGGGACGUUGAUUUGUGGCCACAAAGGCUCAAAGAAGAAUAUCAAUCCUUAAUUCAAUAUGUUCAAAAUAAUAAAGCAGCCGAUAACGAUUGGUUUCGUUUAGAGUCAAAUAAAGAGGGAACUAAAUGGUUUGGAAAGUGUUGGGUAUUUCAAAAUCAGUUAAAAUACGAGUUUGACAUAGAAUUUGAUAUUCCUGUUACAUUCCCUUCUACAGCACCUGAAAUUGCAUUACCUGAACUUGAUGGUAAAACUGCCAAAAUGUAUCGAGGUGGCAAAAUAUGUUUAUCUGACCAUUUCAAACCACUGUGGGCUAGAAAUGUACCUAAGUUUGGUAUCUCUCAUGCUUUAGCACUUGGUUUGGGCCCAUGGUUAGCUGUUGAAAUCCCAGACUUAAUAGCGAAAGGAGUGGUUAAAUAUAAGGAAAAAAAAGAGGACAAUUAAUUUAAUUUAAAUUAUGGAAAAGUGAUUUUGGAAUAUUUUUUAUUUCUAAAGUGAUAUU